AGCAGGCUCUGAGCUAGUUUCGCAGUCGCUCGCGGGACAGCUGCGCACACUCGUGUCCCCGGUAGCGCGAAUCUCAGAGAGGUCGGGGCUGUUAACUGCGGUGCGGGCGCCCGCUACUGCGCAGGCGCCUCAGGAAAGGCUCGGCCUCGCCCCUCUCCCUAGCGGUUCCUCUCGCUCGCAAGUACCCACGAGUCCCGGGUUCCGCGAGUGCCGGGUUCCGCUAGCGCGGAGUUCCGCGCUGUGGCAAGAAGUGGUGGCAGCGGCGGCGUCGACGGGAACCCUGAUUGCUGUCCUUCAACGUGUUCAUUAUGAAGUUAUUAGUAAUACUUUUUUUUUCUGGACUUAUGACUGGUUGUAGAGGUAACUCUUCAUAUAGUGUGCCACCCAAGUUACUGCUGGUGUCUUUUGAUGGCUUUAGAGCUGACUAUCUACAGAACUAUGAAUUUCCUCAUCUCCAGAAUUUUAUCAAAGAAGGUGUCUUGGUAGAACAUGUUAAAAAUGUUUUUAUCACAAAAACAUUUCCAAACCACUAUAGCAUUGUGACAGGCUUAUAUGAGGAAAGCCACGGCAUUGUAGCCAAUUCCAUGUAUGAUGUAGUCACAAAGAAACAUUCUGAUUCUAAUGACAAGGAUCCUUUUUGGUGGAAUGAGGCUGUACCUAUUUGGGUGACUAAUCAGCUUCAGGAAAACAGAUCAAGUGCUGCUGCUAUGUGGCCUGGUACUGAUGUACUCAUUCACAAUACCACACCUUCCUAUUUUAUGAAUUAUAGCAUCUCAGUGUCAUUUGAAGAGAGACUAAAUAACAUUACCAUGUGGCUCAGCAAUUCGAACCCACCAGUCACCUUUGCAACACUCUAUUGGGAAGAACCAGAUGCAAGUGGCCACAAAUAUGGACCAGAAGAUAAAGAAAACAUGCGCAGGGUAUUGAAAGAAAUAGAUGACCUUAUUGGUUAUCUAGUCCAAAAGCUCAAGAUGUUAGGAUUGUGGGAAAAUCUUAAUGUUAUCAUUACAAGUGAUCAUGGGAUGACCCAGUGUUCUGAGAACAGAAUGAUAAACUUGGAUCUCUGCAUCGAUCGUUCAACCUACACUCUUAUAGAUUUGACCCCAGUUGCUGCAGUACUCCCCAAAAUAAAUAUAACAGAGGUUUAUGACAAACUGAAAAACUGUAGCCCUCACAUGAAUGUUUAUCUUAAAGAAGACAUUCCUGACAGAUUUUAUUACCAACAUAACGAUCGAAUUCAGCCUAUUAUUUUGGUUGCUGAUGAAGGCUGGACAAUUGUAUUAAAUAAAUCAUUAUCAAAAUUAGGUGACCAUGGUUAUGACAAUUCUUUGCCCAGUAUGCAUCCGUUCCUAGCCGCCCACGGCCCUGCAUUUCACAAAGGCUACAAGCAUAGCACCAUUAAUAUUGUGGAUAUUUAUCCAAUGAUGUGUCACAUCCUGGGAUUAAAACCACAUCCCAAUAAUGGAACCUUUAGUCAUACCAAGUGCUUGUUGGUUGACCAGUGGUGCAUUAAUCUCCCAGAAGCCAUUGGGAUUGUUAUUGGUGUACUUUUGGUGUUAACUACUCUAACGUGCCUUAUAAUAAUCAUGCAAAACAGAUUAUCUGUACCCCAUCCGUUUUCCCGACUUCAACUACAAGAAGAUGAUGAUGAUCCUUUAAUUGGGUAACAUGUCUGGGAUUUAUACUGAGUGUCUUUGCAUAAUCUCAAAACUAAGGAUACAUCCUAGAAAUGGUGUUAUAACUGUGAAAAGGUAUACUCUGAAAGACAACCUAGACCAAGCAUGCUAAAAUUAAUUUUUUCCCUUGUGUUUUGUUUUGGUACAUUAGCUAAUACAAAUAACCCUGCCCAUAGUAAAAAUGCUAGUAAAUCAGUUAACACCAUCUAUUUCUCUGUUAAUACCUUUUGAGAAAAAUACUCUGCUUUCCUUUUCUCUUUGCAACAAAGAAGAUACAUGUUUAAAAUGAAAAUAUAUCAAAUUUAGAUGCAUUUUUCUAAUAAAUUUAUAUAUUUGUAAAUGAAACAACAGAAAUUUUAUGCAAUUAAUGAAUUUUAUGUAUCAGGAAGGAAAAUUUUCCUAUAUUUUUGUAUUUACCCUUAUUUAAUUUGUAUCCCAAACACGUCCUUGAGGUAGAAAAUUCUGUGAUGGUUUUUAAAAUUUACUAGCCAGGCAGAAAAACAGUGCUAUGCUAGCUUAUGGAGAAAUCAUCUUAAGGAAAGCUAUUAAAAAACACAUAAAAACUAACUAAGACCAUGUGAUAAAAAGCCUGAGUUCUCACCAUUGUAUCUUUUUAAAGUCCUUUAAGCUGUUGAAGUCUCAAAAGUUAUAUCUUUUGAAGAAGAUUAUUGCUAAUGAGAAAUUCAGAAGAAAAUAGAGGGAAAUGCUUUUUCUCUAUUUGUGUUUAAUGCCUUUGUGUAAGUUAUUGAUGUGUAUGUAUGCACAAGUGUGUUUGCAUGUGUAGGUGUGCAAAUGUUAUCAUAGAAGGAGGUUAGAAGGGACUGGACUGUGGUCAGGCUUACACACUCCCCUAGAGCACAGCUCUCAGCGGAAUGUUAUUUUGCACUUCUUUUUUGUUUACUUUUACCUAACUUACAACUUAAAAUCAGAACUUUAGAAACACUCUUUAAUUUUGUUUCUAUUUUUAAUUUUUUUUACCUGAAAUACUCAAGUGCGGUAGAGAAAUUUGUGACCUGAAUAUAAAUCUGAUUUUGAUUGGGUGAGAAUGAUAAAGGGAGAUUUUUAUAUUUACCUUUGUGACUCUGUAUCUUACUUAUUAGACAAUAGAGUAGGUAAGAAAUUUAUAAAAUGACAUUUAGAGAUAGGUGCAAGUGGCACACACCUGUAAUCCCAGCUACUCAGGAGGCUGAGGCAGGAGGAUCAUAUGUUGAAGGCCAACCUGGGUAACUUAGCAAGA